AUGCCUGGUCCCCGUUAUAUAACAAUCCUGGGAGGUGGUCUCUCAGGCUUGACAGCCGCAUACAAAUUAUCUCGUUCCUCGACUUCCGGCCAGAAAAUAACAUUGAUAGAAUCCACAAAUAGAGUAGGAGGAUGGAUCAACUCUACCAUACAUGAAGUUGAAUUUCAGAAUCCUGAUAAUAGGAGGGAGAUGAUAAAGGGGGAAGUGACCGUUGAGAGUGGACCUAGGAGUAUCAGACCUAGGGGUAGUGAAGGGGCAAAAGGGAUGUUGAGGUUGUUAAAAGAAUUGAACCUUACUUCAUCGAUAUUACCGAUCCCAUUCUCCCAUCCAGCCGCCAAGAACCGAUACCUCCUCAAUACUUCUACCUCAUCUCUUACUGCUUUACCAACUUCACCUUUAUCCCUCAUAUCAUCAAAUUCCUCAUUACUCAAGGGUCUACUACCUUCGGCACUCAAAGAACCAUUCCGACCUAGACUCAAUGGUGUCACAGACGAAAGUGUAGAUUCCUUUUUCGCUAGGCGGUUCUCUCCCGAUAUAGCUCAGAAUCUAGCUUCAGCGAUGGUUCAUGGGAUAUACGCCGCGAGCUCAAAGGAUCUGUCAGUCAGAUCGGCUUUUCCUUCUUUGUGGGAUGCAGAGCAGAGAUAUGGAAGUGUCGUAUUAGGCAUGCUUAGGGGUGGAAAGGCUAAACAAGCACGGCAAGAGGAAGAGUUAGAGUUGGGAGAAUUGGGAAAGGAAAGUAAGAAAUGGAGUCUGUACGGACUGAAAGGUGGUUUAUCCACUUUGACGAAUACUCUAUAUGAAGAAAUACAAAGAAGUGGGAAUGUGGAGAUCAAAUCUCAAGAAUCAGUGAAAAGUAUAUCAGUCCAACCUCAACAAGGAGUAGAAAUCGAAACGACAAAAGGAAAAUAUACGACCGAUCAUAUAAUAUCUGCCUUAUCAUCUUCUACCUUAUCCUCAAUCCUAACCCCCAAUCAAUCACUCCCUCACCUCGACGUCAAUCCCUAUACCUCGGUAGGAGUAGUCAACUUGGUUUAUCCACUUCCACCUUCUCAGAUCCAUCCAGCAGGUUUCGGAUAUCUCAUCCCUCGAUCCUCACCAUCCCUCAAUCCCUUUGGAGUGUUGGGUGUGAUAUUCGAUUCUACCGCUAUACCGCUCUCUACGGACGUGAAGGGAGUGACCAAGUUGACUUUAAUGUUAGGUGGUCCAUAUUGGUCGACAUAUGAUCCCAAAUUAACUCCACCAAAGACGAAUGAAGAAUUAAUCAAUAAUGCCAUACAGCAUUUAAAUGGUAUCUUUCCCCAUUUGAAGGACGUACAGCCGAUAUUGAAAUUAGCCAAGAUACAUUGGGAUUGUAUACCCACUUAUACUCUAAAUCACGGACGACGUUUGAGGGAAUUACAUGAGAGUAUACAGAGUGGUGGAUGGAAUGGGAAAUUAAGUCUGAUUGGGAAUGCUUAUGGAGGAGUGGGAUUGAACGAUUGUGUGUAUUCUAGUGAGAGUGUAGUGAAUGCUUUAGGCCAGGGGAGGAGCGUUACGGGUUUAGAGCGGUGGGAAAAUUGGGAAUGA